AUGAGGAUCUACGAAGAGUUGAGAGAGAUAGUGAAGAUUCAGAAGUUCCGAAGAUUUGUGUCGUAUACUGGGUUCUACUGCUUCGCGACGCUCAUAAGCUACGCUUACGUCAGCAAUACGACAAGGGCUGGUUACUCUAGAGCCGAUCAAUUCUACGCGUCGUACCCCGCUGGUACCGAGCUUUUAACGGACACUACCAAGUUGUACAAAGCUGCACUUGGAAACUGCUUCGAAGUUGAAGAGUGGGGUCCGUUUGAGUACUGCAUCAUGGCGAAACACUUCGAGCGUCAAGGGAAGUCGCCAUAUGCUUAUCAUGCGCAAUACAUGGCACACCUCCUUUCUCUUGGACAACUUGAUGGAAGUGGCUAA